AUGCAAAGACGCGGAUUCCUGCAAAUUCACUCCGGACGGCGCAAAAGAGGCAUUUGUCGCGAAAUAUGCUGGUUCGCGCCAAACGACACCGACGGCUCCGGAGCGGUGUUUGGAGAGGACCAGGCAAGCGGUGUAAUGACAAUCCGCCUGCGAGAGCUGCUAAAGAAUGGCUGGAUGGCAGAGAAAUCAGGGCUACACCUGACAGACAUGAAGGACGUGAAUCCGUCCACAUCAAACACAAAGCUCGACGUGUCUGAGGACGACAGAGAGGACCAGCUGUGUCGGUUGAAGCAGCAGCAGCUUCUGUGUGGAGAGGCUCUCAAUACAAAGGAGAAGUUAAGUUUCACACCUGAACUGCUGAUUGAGUCUGGAAAGACUUCAUACAGGCAGGAUUUAAAAAUGGAAAGUGAGUCAAUGUUGGGGAUGUCUGGUGGAAAAGAGUUCCAGAGAAGAGGGGCAAAGCGGCUGAAGGCUCUGAACCCCAUGGUGGUUAAACGAGCAGGAGAGCUGAAGCUGAGCUACAAGAACAAGCUGCAGGAUUCAGGAGUGAAGCUGCUGUCUGAUCUUGUUAAGAGUCUACACUGCAGACUGGAGACUCUGAGGCUGGAUGACAGAGUAAUCAGGGCUACACCUGACAGACAUGAACGACAUCCAUCCACAUCAAACACAAAGCUCGCUGUGUCUGAGGAUGACAGAGAGAACCAGCUGUGUCCUGAUGAUCCAGAGAGGUUGAAGCAGCAGCAGCUUCUGUGUGGAGAGGCUCUGAAUAUAAAGGAGAAGUUAAGUUUCACACCUGAACUGCUGACUGAGUCUGGAAAGACUUCAUACAGGUUCAGGUGUCCUGGUCCAGGUGUGUUCCAGUGUGCUUUGACUGGACUGGUGUUUGUUGUGGCUCAGGAGGCGGAGCUGCUGUACCGGACUGUCCAAUGGGAUGAUAGCCUCCUCCAAUCAGCUGGCAAGACGGCUGCAGGGCUGCUGUUCAGUAUCAAAUGUCCUGAGAACGCUGUCUGUCAGCUCCACCUGCCACACUGUGAAACAAAGGCCGCUCUGCUGCCUGAUGGUCUGCUGUCUGUCGUCCACAUCACUGAUGAUGGAAUGAGCAUCCUCGACCCGCUGGAGAUUACAGACACUCAUGUGGUUGUCAAAGUCCCUCACCUCUCUGCCUUCGGCCUAGUCUGGGAUAUCGUUAAGAGGUUGUGGACACCAGUUUGUAGCCAAGUUCUGCUGUUCCUCAGACCACCAAACACAGAAACAGACACGAAAAUCCUAAAUGUGCUUCUCCUGCCGAACAACAUCCCUCUGGACGAGGUCAGCAAACAACAGCAGCCUUAUAAGAACAUCAAGACUGCUUCUAAAUGCAAACUCAUCAAAGCUGAAAGUUACACUCUUCUCUGUCCUCAGGCCAAGGAAAUUCAGCCUACGGAAGAAGAUUUUGACCUGGACUUUGGACCAAAUUACCAUCCAACAUUUGAGAUCUUCCUGCCGACAAACAAACAAGAAGUAACUUUAACGCUCCAAGACCAAAGAAAUAUGGAAGUCUGGAAGCGUAAAGUUGUGGUGACAGAUCCGGCUCUGCCUGAAGAGAAUCCAGCGAGGCCUCAGAGUGGCUCCCCACGGAGCAGGUUGGCAUCAGUUCGGUCCCAGUUCGUAGAUGCAGUGUCUGAACCUGUUCUGAACCAGCUGCUGGAUCGGCUUUUGCAACGGGGCAUAAUAAAUCAAGAAGAAAUGGAUUCAACCAGAACCAGAACCAGGGCUGACGGGGCUCGAGCGGUGAUUGACAUGGUGCGAAACAAAGGACCAGAAGCCAGUUCAGCUCUGAUUGAGGACUUCAGGAUGUUGGAUCCACACUGUUCCAGAAAUCUGAAUCUGAGCUGAAGCAGAACUGAGACUCUGCAAAUGAAACAAGAAGACAUGGACGUCAGUUAACUGUGUAAAAAUACACAUGUUAAAGGAUUUAUCAAUUAACAAAAUACAAAUUGGGUGAAAAGAAAAUCUAUACCAAAUCUAUAUUUGGUGUGAUCAAACUUUGAUGUGCUGUCCAAGCUGUUUUGAAGAAGCUCAAAGAAACAGGCAGCUGAGGACUGUAGAUGCAGUGCUCGUCUAAAGACUCUUAACUGCAGCAGAUGAAAGACACAUCAUGCUUACUUCCUUUCACAGUAUUUGAAAUAAUUUAGCUGUAGCAGAAGGCAGUUUGUUUUAUUGUGUUAAUUCUUUGUGUCUUUUGUUCUAAUGGUUUUGUAGUGUAUCUCUCACUGUUGGGUGGUUUUAGGGCUUCACUGUUUCUCUUUGGAAUAUAAACUCUGUAAAGGUGGAGAGACCUCGGUCAGUUAGACAAUUCAACUGAAUGUCUUAAAUGUAGAAUUUGUAACUCAUUUUAAGUUAAAGUAAUGAAAAUGUCUUUGCUGGACACGCUGGACUUUUUCAGUCUAUAAAUGAGCUUAGUUUCCUUUUUAUUAGCUUCAUCAUUUAUCCUGUCAACAUUGAUCCCUCUUUAGCAACAGCUUGUCCUCAGAACAUCACUGAGCAUCAGUGUUCCUCAGAGAUAUUCAGGUAGAUUCCUCAUUGGCUGCUGCUGUUCAGUACAGUACAGUUCGAGGAAGAGGUGAGCUUGUGUGGUGGGUUUUAAAGUUUGUUUUAUAUAUUUUUAUUAUAUUUGUAUUUAGUGUUCUAUGUUCAGAGUCCCUGCAGGCUUUUCUGUCUUUGGAACAUGAUCAAUAAAUGAGCCUUAAAUCACA